AUGAUGGGAUGGUGGUCCUCAUCAGCGUCGUCCGCUCUGGACGAGCAGAUCAAUAAGGCCACCAGCAGCAGCUUGGAGGACAUAGCUCUGAAUCUCGAGAUAUCCGACGUCAUCAGGUCCAAGACUGUCCCACCAAAAGAAGCCAUGCGCUCUCUAAAGAAGCGCAUCGGCGACAAGAACCCAAACACCCAGCUGAGCGCCUUGAACCUCACAGACACCUGUGUCAAAAAUGGCGGCCAACAUUUCCUUGCCGAGAUCGCCUCGAAAGAGUUUAUGGAUAACCUCGUUUCGCUCCUCAAAGCCAUCGGCCCAGCUUCUGUCAACCAUGAUGUUCGCACCAAGAUUCUCGAGCUGAUCCAACACUGGGCCGCUGCGACCGAGGGCCGAUACGAGUUGAACUAUAUUGGCGAGGUGUACAGGACGCUGCAGAGAGAAAGGUUUCAAUUUCCACCGAGGGUGUCUGUGUCUAGCAGCAUGAUUGACAGCAGCGCGCCACCCGAAUGGGUCGACUCGGAUGUCUGUAUGCGAUGUCGAACAGCCUUCACCUUUACCAACCGAAAGCACCAUUGCCGGAACUGUGGGAACGUCUUCGACCAGCAAUGCUCGACCAAGACGCUGCCCCUCCCGCACCUUGGAAUAUUACAACCAGUCAGGGUUGAUGACGGAUGUUAUGCGAAGCUGACAGACAGGUCUGGUGGCAGGGGAGGUGGCUAUGGUCCGGAGCAGUCACCGUCAAAGGCUUCAUUCAAGCGUCAUUCGGUAUCUAUGCAGCCGCGGAAUGCAAGGGUGGAUGACGGUUUUGAUGAAGACCUGAAAAAGGCACUGGCAAUGAGCUUGGAGGAGGUUCAAAGCCACCAGAAGGGCAGAGACUAUGUUGCCCCGGCCAGUAACACCCACCACUCCCCUGCGAAGGUGAACGGCGACGCUGCAAGCAAGGCAGCUGAGGAAGAGGACGCUGAUUUGAAAGCGGCCAUUGCAGCUUCUUUGGCUGACAUGGAAGAGCAAAAGAAGCAACACGCCGCUGCUUUGAAAGAGCAAACAUCGAGCGCAGGCAAUGCACCAUCCAGCUCGUUUGCGCUGCCCAAGAACGACUACGAGUUGUCCCCGGUGGAAGCCGAGAACAUCAACCUUUUCUCCACUCUUGUCGAUCGACUGCAGACCCAGCCUCCAGGGACGAUCCUGCGGGAGCCACAGAUCCAAGAGCUCUAUGAUAGUAUCGGAACUCUUCGUCCGAAGCUGGCGCGGACCUAUGGCGAGACGAUGAGCAAGCACGACACCCUCCUGGACUUACACGCCAAGCUCCAGACGGCAGUGCGCUACUACGACAGAAUGCUGGAGGAGCGACUUUCAAAGGCGUUUAACCACCAAAAUCUGGGAGGCUACAACUUGCCUCCACAUCGUCAAUCAUCCGGCCCUUACCCGAACCUCCAGGCCAACGUUCCUACCAACCACGCCGGUCCUGCGGAGAGCUUCUACACAGGCGAACCUCAGCAGGAUUAUGGUAGAGCAGCUGCCCAGCCGUCAUAUCCGUAUCCUACUCAACCCACUCCCCAACCCCAAUAUGCCACUUACGAUCAACGUGCCUCGUUGUCCGGUCCUCCUCAGCAUCAAUACCCCCAGCAGCAGCAGCCGCCGCCGCCGCCGCAGCAACAACAGCCUCCACGACAAGACAGUUGGAGGGCAUCUGCACCACCAAACCAGUACCCUCCACAGUCAAACUAUCCUCCAAGUGAAACUGCUACCCCUCAAAUGAGCCACCUUUCGCUUCCUCAGCAGCAACCCAAUGCUCCCGAGUCGGUCGGCACAACUCCAACAAGUGACCCGAAUGCAUCCUUUUACUUCCAACAACCAGGCCAAAACCCGCUUGCGUCGCCCAGUGCUCCGUCUGAAGCGGCACCAUCACCGUACCCGAAUCUCCAGCAGACAAUGCAACAGUACCCCCAGCAGGCCCAGAAUGGACCCGAGACGCCAACGCCAACUGCUCACGCGCAGCCAACGCACCAGCAACCUCCUCAGCAACAGGCGCCGCCGGCUCAGCAACACCAGCAGCAGCCACAAGCGCCGUACUGGCAGCAUCCGGCUGCCCAGCACGUCCAGAUGCCACUACAGUCCUCUGCGCCGUGGCAACAACCUCCUCAACAGCAGCAGCAGCAACCGCAAUACGGCGGGUAUCAACAGGAGGCUUUCCCCUCGGCUCCCCAGCACGCGAUUGCGCCGCCAAAGCCUGUAGUAGAGGAGGCUUUGAUUGAGCUCUGA